AUGGCAGAAUUUCCGCGGAACCGCGGACGUCAGGGAUUCCUUCUUCCCACGUACAGUAUUGCCCUUGGAGAGACCAUUUUCAUUGGCUUCCUUGAAAACAUUAUAAGCCCCGCGGACAUCCGCGGUCUUGUGGCAGCGCCUUUCCGCCAGACGCUCAUCAAUACUAUUUAUGGACUUUACACCAUGAAGAGAGACGCCAACCGCAAUCCGAUAACAGGAGUGAAAAUAUCCCCUGUGAAUAUCCAGGGCAAAGUCCGGAAUGCCCAGAAUGCAACAAUUCGGCCGGGAAAUUUGGCCCCAGACAAUUCUGAUGAGAUAUUAUAUCGGUUAAGAAGAUUGGAAGCAGCUUUUCUUGAAAAGCCCAACUCAAGUCAAGAACCUAGACCUAAGCCUCAUGGUAUUUUUAUGAACUUAGAUACACCACCAGACCAGGCUUUUACUUCUCAUUAUGUCACCCCGUUCAGUGUCCACUAUACUUCAUCCGCGAAUGAAAAUAGCAUAGGUGUAUCGGAUUCCCCAAGCAUUGUUGAAUUGACGAGGAAGCUGCCACCACUACGGCAAGCCAGGGAGUUAUUCAACCACUUUGCAGUAACAUUGCAGCCAACCUUUGGCGUUCUUCAUAUACCCUCGUCCCGCAUUAUGAUGGAGAAAGUAUAUGAAUGUAUUGUUGAGGGUGAGGUACCACCGGCUGCUGAUUUGAUGCUUCUCUUCAGCAUCUUUGCGGGUUCCUCCCUGGGCUGGACACCUAGCCUUUUGGAGAAGCUCAAUACUACGAAUGAAGGGGCACGAGCGGCUUUGAUAGCGUAUAGUCGGUUUGCAUUGGCUAUCCUGGACCAUCCUUCGCGGAUUAUACAGCCAUCGACAACCGCUCUUGUAGCCAUCGGCACGCUGGGUCACAUACUAAUGAAUACGGAUGGCUUUCCGUCCCGCGUCCAAAUGCUUCGUCAUCAUUGUUUGCUGAUGUCGAGGGAACUCAAGAUCCAUCGGCUAGAUACGGCAAGAGCUCGCGAAGAAAGAAGACUGAAAGGAUGCGACAUGAUUGAUGUUGAGGUUCAAAGACGGGCUUGGUGGAAUAUGGUAGCAUCCGACUGGCUUCUUUCGUUCUCUGGUGGUCCCCAGGAAGGCGCAUACAUCUUCCAACCCAAACACAUGAACGUGAACAUGCCCAGUAAUACGGACGAUGAGCUGAUCACGAGUGCUGGAGUCCAGCAGCAUUUUCCACUGUCUGUGCCCACGUCAAUGUCUGCUUUCAUUACUCGAGUUCAGGGUGCAGAUUUAUGUCGCCAAGUGAUCGAUGCUCUUCCAUCCAUCCUACUCGACUCUCAAGAGCCAGACUAUAAGACCAUCCUGGAACUGGAUACGAAGUUCCACGAGCACAUUGCCAGCCUUCCUGUCUAUUUCCAGCUGGAUCCAAAAAGUAUUGAGCAGAGUCGGCAAACCUGCAAAGAGCGGCCCUACAUUGCCUGGCAGCGGAUCAGCGUUCAUUUCAGCAUUCAUACCCGACUUUGUCGAUUGCACCGGCCCUAUCAUCUAGAAGGUAUAACGAACCGCAAAUAUGCGUACUCGCACAUUGUUUGCAUCCGUUCAGCGCAUAAAGUUCUAGAACUCCGACGAGCGAUGGACGAAGUGGCUUCAGAGGUAGGAUUGCAAGCCGCGAGGUUCUGGACUGUCAUGCACCAUGUUUUCUUUGCCGCUUUGAUUCUGGCGAUGGAUGUAUCAUUUAAUCCCGUUGCACCUGAUGCCGAAGCUCGCAAGGCUCAAGUGCUUGCCGCAUACGAGACGUUGGAACAAUCCAAGCGAGAGUCCAACAAUCUGAUGGAAGGCAUCCAAAAGAAUCUUCAGACCUUGAUGUCUACACUGCACAAAAAGCGAUCGCAGAUAUCCACCCUAUCAAAGGAUGGUUCAGCCCGUGAGGGACUCGCCACGUCCUCAACGGGUAACCGAUCGGCAUGUGAGACGGACGAGCCUGUGAUUGCGCACGACGAAGGCACCUUUUCUGCACCGCCAUCGUUAACCGAUAUUGAUGGCCAUAGCCUGCUCAACGACUUGAGUGAAGAUGAUUGGCAGAAACUUUGGUCCGAUUUUGUGGCUGUGGCCCCCGAUUUAGAUGUACCACAGUGGAACUCGCUGCUAGAGGAUGUGGAUUUUACUCCCCACCUGCAAUGA